AUGCGCCCGUCCCUUGCCACAGCGGUCUUGCCACCCAGGACCCGUUCUUCCCACAAUGCGCCCAACCUGGCCGUGGGGGGCCGCGAGCACCUGUCCGCUCCGCGAAGGCGCAGCCCCCACCUCCGACACACCCUCAGCCCAGAGAACUUGCGAAGUCUGGCAGAAAGGGGCGGGGCCGCCGUCGACACCGCCUCUGUCAUCAGCCAGCCUAUUGGGCUCCCGCGGGCCAAUAGCGACACAGAUCUGGUGACCUCGCAGAGCCGGUCCUCGCUAACGGCGUCUACUCUGGAGUACACGCUGAAUCGCGGGCAGAACCUCGUCAUAUCCUGGGACAUCAAGGAAGAAGUGGAUGCCACUGACUGGAUCGGGCUGUACCACAUUGAUGAGACCAGCCCGUCAAACGUGUGGGACUGUAAGAACCGAGGGGUGAACGGCACCCAGAAGGGACAGAUCGUUUGGAGGCUGGAAGCCGGGCCCUACUUUAUGGAGCCUGAGACCAAGGUCUGUUUCAAGUACUACCAUGGAGUGAGUGGAGCCCUGAGAGCUACGACCCCCUGCAUUACCGUGAAGAAUCCAGGAGUCCUGGUAGAAGGGCUGACAGAGCAGGUGGGCAUCGACCAUCCUCGAAAACUGAUCAGCUUCACUCUGACAGAUCUCCGUGCCACUGGGCUGAAGAAGGGCAUGUUUUUCAAUCCGGACCCAUACCUGAAGAUGUCUAUCCACCCAGGGAAGAGGAGCGUCUUCCCCACCUUCAGCCACCAUGGACAGGAACGACGAUCUGCCAUCAUCGCUAACACCACCAACCCCGUCUGGCACGGAGAGAAAUAUACUUUUGUAGCGCUAAUGACAGACAUCCUGUACAUUGAGGUAAAAGACAAAUUUGCAAAAAGUCGACCGAUCAUCAAACGCUUCCUGGGUCAGCUCACUAUCCCUGUGCAGCGGCUUAUUGAAAAAAUACCUGGAGUCCAGCCAGUAAGCUUUUCCCUGUGUCGGCGACUGCCCACUGAACAUGUGAGCGGCCAGUUGCAGUUCAGAGUGGAGCUCACCUCAACAGGGCCUGAUGGUGCCUCUCCUGAUUCUAUCAUUGGGAUUUCGUCCUUGAAUGGAGCUCCAGGGACUCCGUCAGAUGACGAGGAUCUGCCCCAUCACCUUCCAGGGGUGGUCUCUGCGGGCCCCUCCCCUACAGGCUCCCAGGGCUCCCAGGGCAUGUGGGAAGGAGGGGCCACAGCCUACCCAGAGAAGGACCCAACUGUUCUUGGGGCUGAGGGAAGACUCACGGAGGGCGAAAGCCUCUCACUUCAUGAAUCGCUCCAGAAGUCACUCAGUGAGGGCCUGGAUGCUAUUGAAGCCCCUAAGGGCCCUGGCGAGAGACCCCUGGGUGCUGCCUCACCCAAACUGCGCUCCAGUUUCCCCACGCACACACGUCUCAGUGCCAUGUUGCACAUCGACUCAGAUGAGGAUGAGGAGAGGUCGGGAGCACAUGACAUCACUCCGGUUCCAGGGUCGCCGCUGUUGGUGAACGGAGACCCCCCAGAGGUUGGCAUUCCUGAAGAAGAAGACCCAUUUCCUGAGCUUCAGCAGGAGCCCGAGCAGCUAGAGCAGUCAGUGUUGGUGGAGGAGCCUGAGGGUGCAGCGAGGGAAGAAGGGCCCCCUGAGACGGAGGUGGCCCCGGAGUUGGAGGCAAUACAAGACUUGGAAGAUGCUUCAGAACCGGAUGUCUUCUCUGAAGUGGAAGAAGUACCUUUCACAGAGGCCGUGUCCCAUACUGCUGUGCCAGAGGGUGCAGAGACACAUGAGGAGGGAAGGGUGCCAGGCGAGGACCCCUCAUCAGAGGUUGACACCUGCUCCAUGGCAACAGCCCCACAGACGGUCUUCUCUUCGUCAGAAAGCUGCCCAAUCACAAUGACCACUGCUGUGGAGGCUGAGGAGGGAGCAGAGGCGGCAAUAGAUCCAGGGGGAGAGGUGAUUUCUGACACCCCACCGACCAAUCAAGUUGUAGACGAUGAGGGCGGUGGGCAAACCGCAACCAAUGAGGCUGAAGCAGAGGCUCCCCCAGCCAAUGGGCAGGAACCAGUGGAGCUGAUCGCUGAGAGGAGGCAGAGCUUGCAGGCCGCAGGGGGCGUGGCUGAAGAACAGGAAGGGGAGGAGCCAAAGCCGUCUGAAGAAGCAGCAUCUACAGAUUCAAAGCAAGUAACCACGGACACAGAUGGAGAGGAAGGUACACAGAUCAAUGGUCAUCCUGUGCGUUCACUUCCCUCUGUGCGCCAUGACAUCCACCGGUAUCAGCGUGUGGACGAGCCCCUACCUCCCAACUGGGAGGCUCGGAUCGAUAGCCACGGGAGGAUCUUCUUCGUGGAUCAUGUGAACAGGACCACCACGUGGCAGCGUCCCACGGGACCCCCUGCCCCACAGGGCCUGACUCGAUCCAACUCCAUCCAGCAGAUGGAGCAGCUCAACCGCAGGUACCAGAGCAUCAGGAGGACCAUAACCAACAGCGAUCGGUCAGAGGAAAGCCCAGUGGACCUGCUGACUGAACCUCCUGACAGCGAGCUGCUGCCCCACUCCAUCCCUGAAUACCGGCGAGAAAGCGCGGUCGGUCACUCCAGUACCCGCUCUCGUCUCUCUCUGCUGCUCCAGUCGCCCAGCGCCAAGUUCCUGUGCAGCCCCGACUUCUUCACCGUGCUGCAUUCUAACCCUAGUGCCUACCGCAUGUUUACGAGCAACACCUGCCUGAAGCACAUGAUCAGUAAAGUGCGUCGGGACGCUCAUCACUUUGAGCGUUACCAGCACAACCGCGACCUGGUCACCUUCCUCAACAUGUUCUCCAACAAGCAGCUGGAGCUUCCCCGAGGCUGGGAGAUGAAGCACGACCACACUGGGAAGCCCUUCUUUGUUGACCACAACUGUCGCUCCACGACCUUCAUCGACCCCCGGCUCCCCCUCCAGAGCUCUCGCUCCACUGGUCUGCUGGCCCACCGCCAGCACCUGAGCCGCCAGCGCAGCCACAGUGCCGGGGAGGUAGUGGACGACUCUCGCCAAACCAACCCGCCCGUCAUGCCCCGCCCCUCCAGCACCUUCAGUGGCUCCAGUCGAAGUCAGUACCAAGAUGUGGUGCCUGUGGCCUACAAUGACAAGAUAGUGGCGUUUCUACGGCAACCCAACAUCGUUGAGAUACUGCAGGAGAGGCAACCCGAGCUUGCCAGGAACCACUCGCUCAAGGAGAAAGUGCAGUUCAUUCGCAGCGAAGGAGUCACUGGACUUGCUCGUCUCUCUAGUGAUGCUGAUUUAGUCAUGUUGCUGAGCUUGUUUGAGGAGGAGGUGAUGUCAUAUGUGCCACCUCACGCCUUACUCCACCCGGGCUACUGCCUCUCGUCUCCUCAGAGCUCCCCUGGCACCCAGCGAGCGAACGCCCGGGCUCCAGCGCCCUACAAGCGAGACUUUGAAGCUAAACUGAGGAACUUCUACCGAAAGCUGGAGACCAAAGGCUAUGGUCAGGGACCAGGGAAAGUCAAGCUGAUCAUACGUAGGGACCACCUUCUGGAGGAUGCCUUUAACCAGAUCAUGUGUUACUCGCGUAAGGACCUGCAGAGGAGUAAACUCUACGUCAGCUUCGUAGGGGAAGAAGGGCUGGACUACAGCGGACCUUCCAGAGAGUUUUUCUUCCUGGUGUCCAGAGAACUGUUCAACCCGUACUACGGCCUGUUUGAGUACUCAGCUAAUGACACAUACACUGUCCAGAUCAGCCCCAUGUCUGCCUUUGUGGACAACCACCAUGAAUGGUUUCGCUUCAGCGGGCGUAUCCUUGGGCUGGCCCUCGUCCAUCAGUACCUGCUGGAUGCCUUCUUUACCCGUCCCUUCUACAAGGGACUUUUGCGCAUCCCAUGUGACCUGAGUGACCUGGAGUUCCUGGACGAGGAGUUCCACCAGAGCUUGCAGUGGAUGAAGGACAACGACAUUGAAGACAUGCUGGACCUUACCUUCACUGUCAACGAGGAGGUCUUUGGACAGAUCACGGAGCGAGAGCUGAAGCCGGGCGGGGCGGGUAUCCCUGUGUCAGAGAAGAACAAGAAGGAGUACAUCGAGCGUAUGGUCAAGUGGCGGAUUGAGAGAGGCGUGGCCCAGCAGACGGAGAGCCUGGUCCGAGGCUUCUAUGAGGUGGUGGAUGUGCGGCUGGUAUCGGUGUUUGAUGCCAGGGAGCUGGAGCUGGUGAUUGCGGGCACUGCGGAGAUCGACCUGGCAGACUGGAGGAACAACACCGAGUACAGAGGAGGUUACCAUGACAACCACAUAGUGAUUCGCUGGUUCUGGGCAGCAGUGGAGAGGUUCAACAAUGAGCAGAGGCUGAGGCUGCUGCAGUUUGUGACGGGCACCUCCAGUAUUCCCUAUGAGGGUUUUGCCUCUUUAAGGGGCAGUAACGGUCCUCGCAGAUUCUGUGUGGAGAAGUGGGGGAAAAUCACCUCCUUACCCAGGGCUCACACUUGCUUUAAUCGCCUGGACCUCCCUCCAUACCCUUCCUUCUCCAUGCUCUACGAGAAGCUGGUCACCGCUGUAGAGGAAACUAGCACUUUUGGUUUGGAGUAACCUCAAAAUGGCUGUAACAUGGCCGGACAGAGGACAAAAUAGAAGAAAUACAUUUUGAGCGUGGAUAGACUAUCUGCCGUCUGUUUUUUACAUCCGGUUGCGACUGGCUUCCCAUCACACAACACGCAGGCUUUGUUUCCGAUUCCCUAGCUUUCUCUUACAUUCCCGACGGGGAUCGAUCAAAUGAACACCUUUGGAAGAAGGGUGGCGAAUCGGAAAAUGUUUUUUUAGGACUGUACUAUUUCUCCCUUGUUUUCAGCUACACUUUGUUUGUCAAGCCACACGUGUGCUUUAUCUCUUCAGUUAAUGGCCUUGGCUACUGGAUUUCCAGCCCUUCCUCCCCCAGGGGUCCAACCUGCACCUCACACCCAGAGACAGCUGCUUAAAACCCCUUACACUGACUUUGAGAGUGCCCCCUGUCCCCUCCUGUCUCCCUUCCCCUCUCUGGACCUCUAAACUGUGUCAUUUCUACUCUGGGGCUGCAGUGUUGUGAACUAUAAUACACACACAGACUAAUGCUUUCACAUAAAACACC